AAGAGCCUUUAGCUAAACAUUAAUUUUAAUGACCCGUCCAUGCAUAUUUAGCAAAAGUCACGUUGUGCUCAUGUGUGUAUAUUAAAGUUUUCGGGGUUGCGUUAGUUGUGACAGAGACGUUAGCAUCAGUGUCAGCAGACGGGUCUCGUGAUGCAGACUGCCAUGGUCGACCGAUCGACUCGCCCCUUUAAAUUAGUUGUGUUGAGCGAGGCAACUUUAUCGAUAUUGUCGCUUUACUGAGUACAUUCAACAACGACUUUAACCGAAAAGAGCCGUCCAGUAAUCAAGUUGACCGAGGUGUAGUGGUUGGGUUGACAUUAACUUGGAACGACUCGGCACGAAAGCUUGAAAUGUAAAGAUGUAGAGGAUCACCAGUGAAGAUGCCUCUAUUACCAGUCGUUCCAGAGAAUCACAGUCAUGUUCUGGCAGAGUUUGACUGCCUUGAUCCGCUCCUGUCUGCUCUCCGACUGGACUCCGGAAGGCUGAAGUGUACCUGUUUGGCCGUGUCAAGGAAGUGGCUCGCAUUAGGGACUUCAACAGGAGGGUUGCACCUGAUUCAGAGGGAGGGCUGGAAGCAAAGGCUCAUCCUCACUCACAAGGAGGGAUCUAUCACUCAGGUGGCGUGUUGUCCUCAUGAUGAAGACUUUAUUGCUGUUGCAACAAGUCAGGGUCUGGUGGUGGUGUGGGAGCUGCAGCUGGAACGGCGGGGUCGUCCAGAGAGAGUCAGUGUGUCCUGGGAGCACCGUGGUCACGCCAUCACUGCUCUCUGCUGGGACACCAGCACUCUCAGAGUUUUUGUCGGGGAUUCAGGAGGCAAGGUGACCUGUCUCCGUGCAGGAUCCUCCAAGCUGGGCAAGGGGUCAGCAUUUGUUAUCUUUCCUGUUCAGACCGUCACCACUGUGGACUCAAGAGUGGUUCAGCUCGGGUACCAAGAUGGCCGCCUGUUGGUGUCUUCCCUGAGCCGCUGCUACCUCUGUGACACAGACAGGGAGAAGUUCUGGCGUGUUGGAAAUAAGGAGCGUGAUGGGGAGUAUGGAGCUUGUUUUUUCCCCCAGAACAGGGGAUUAUUAGUCGGUCAGCCCCCCUUGCUGUACUGUGCCCGGCCGGGAUCCCGAGUAUGGGAGGCCAGUUUUAAUGGCGAGGUUUUGAGCACCCAUCAGUUCAAACAGCUGCUGGCCUGUCCUCCUCUACCUCUCAUCACAUACAGAAAUGAGCCACAUUAUAAUCCAGCACAGAAGAGCUCCCAGUCAAUAGCCUUCCCUAAACUGCUUUAUUUGGGAGACCAAAACUUGCUGACAUGGACUGAUUCCGCUGUUUAUAUCUUCACACCUCAGAAUGGACAAGUCCUCCUUUGGACUGAAGUCAAAGACUUGGUUGAUAUCGUAGUCUACCGCAGCGAGCUCUUCUGUCUCCACGGCAGCGGACGUCUGUCUCACCUCUCCUUGUUAUCUGCCGAGCGCUGUGUCGAGCGUCUGCUGCGGCGGGAGUCCUGGCCUCUAGCUGCUGUUGUCUGCUGUAUGUUCCAGCACACAAUCACCACCAGCAGGGCCAGGAAAUCAAUUCCCAUCGACCGCCUUGAACAUCUCAGGUCCCAGCUCAGCUCCAGUACACACCUGGAGCUCUCUGGCCAGUUGGAGGAAGUCAUCAAUAAACUAGAACCUCUGGACUCGGCCUGCAGCAGCCGAAGGAGUAGUAUCUCCUCACAUGAGAGCUUCAAUGUCCUGGACUGUGGAAUCUAUCGUGUGAUCAGCCGCAGAGGGAGUCAGUCGGAUGAGGAGACAGGCUCCCUCAUCAAUCAGUCCACGUCAGAGGAGGAGCGACUCAAAGAGUUCAGUUUUGUGCAGGAGGAAGAUCAGGUGGAACAAGAUCCACAGAGCAGCGAGCGUAUGGAGGCCGAGCGAUCAGAGCAAGGCCUGCAGUUCCACCUCCCCCUCUCAUUCCGCCCCAAACCCCCUCGCAUCGCCCUGCAGGCCGUCAAAGACAGUGUUUCAAGUUUUGUUAAGAAGACAACAGAGAAGAUCAACACCCUUCAGAUGAACUCUGAGCUCCGGCAACGAUCUGAAUUCAAAGAGGGCAUACAGGCUGACACUACAAGUUCACACUCAGAGGAGAUGGAUAACGAAGUUUAUGAUGAAAUGCCGAACACAGAGGCUGACAUGCAGGAGCUUCGAGCAGCAACAGAGCGAGCUAUCUCCCAGAUCCAAGAUCCUUUGGUGCUACUGGAUCCAGCCUGCUUGAGAGAAACUCUGCUGGAGUGGCUGCCGGUGUUGGAGCGAAUACUCGGUCCUGAGGAGCACGGGUCAGGUGCUGCAGGGGAUUCAAAGGUGGAUGAUGCAGGAGAGGAGAGAUGGGAGAGAGAUUAUCUCAACCCCUGCUCAGAGCAACAAGAGGAGUCUUUUUGCUUAUCAGGAGAACCAACAGAAAGCAUUACUGAGGAUGAGAAGAAAGAGGAAUCUCCUGAGCUCGGAGGAAAAGAGGACCAAUGUGACUCUGCUGAGAAGGAGCCCGAAGCUUCAAAAGGGAGUCCUCCAGAGCCAGUUCGAGUGGGGUCUCCCAAACCCGUACCGUCAGAUCUCUUGGCUAAUCUCACCCAGCUGGCAACGCUGUACACAGAGCUGAGCUGCUUCAGAAACCAGCAGGAUAAACCAGCAGUGGGGUGCACACAUUUCCUGCGGCGCUACUUCUUUCUGCUGGAUAAGGAGCGCGUGAGAAGAAUGUGCCUGCUGUGUUAUGAGGAGCAGCCGGAGGUGCAGAGCUCCUUCACUGAGGCCAUGUUAGAUCUCACUCAGUCCAGUAAGGUGGUGGAAGUUAUUCAGAGAGGUGAUCUGCUGAGAUCCCUGCGCAGUCUGAGAGAGCUGCAGCCCUGGAGUGCACCUCCUCUCCUCGCUCAUUUACACCGGCUGUAUGAGAAGCACGGGGAGGCGGCUGUACGGUCGUUUUCUCAGUUUUAUCCUGCAAUAACUCCUGCUGACAUAAUGACCAUGGCUCAGCGAAGCCACUUCCUGGCAUACCUGGAUAAUCUGGUCCAAUCACGAACUGAGGGGCACAGGUUGUCAUUUUUGCAGUCCCUUCUGGAUCCAGAAUCGUUAAGACAGGACUGGCUCGAGCUGGCACUUACCCAUGAUGCUCCUCAGCGCUGUGAUACCCUGACCCCUGAUGGACUGCCCAGGCGGCAUUCUCACUGUUACAGUUGGGGAUACGGACGCCUCCUGUCUCUCCUGAUUCAUCUUCCUGCUGAUCUGUCCUCCAAGCAGAAGAUGGCAGAGACUUGCCGCAGUCACGGGUACUGGAUUGGCUACCUCUACCUUUGCAGUGAGCUGCAGUGUCGUACGGAAGCAUUUGCCACCAUCUGUAAACUGGAUGACAUCAGUCUGCUAGAGGAACCUGAAGGUGUUGAGCCCCAGACCUUGGAUGAGUGGAAGCUCUUGAUCCAGUUAUCACCGCAGUGCAGCAGCGUGGGUGACUCUGAGCAGGUCCCUGGUGUGAAUGGGAGCAGCUGGUCCAAUGGCUCGUCUGACUGCGGAGGGAAGAUCAGCCCAGAGAGUCUGACCCUGAUGCUGGCUCGGACGGCCGGUCCGGACCGUGCGAUGGCCGUCCUGGAGGAGUGUGGAGUGCAGGUGGUCCUUUCACAGCAAUCCGAACUGGUGUGUGAGCUGCUGAGAGUCACUGAGAAGAGGCAGAGAGCGAUGAUCCAGACGAUGCUCGAGCGCUGCGAUCGCUUCCUGUGGUCUCAACAUGCCUAACUAAAGAUCGCCACCGUGUGGAGAGAGGCGUCUCUACAAGAUGACUAACACUGUAUGUAAAUCUCCCCAAUAACUGCUGAUAAAACUGUGACUUAAUUUAUACACUGUAAUAUUUGUCAGAGCUUUGCAGUUUAAAUGAUGGUACUUCUCCUCCCACUGAAAACAGUAUUAUCGUUUUAAAUGUUACUUUCCUUUUGCACAGAUUUUUCCAGUAUUAUCCUCUUCAUUCCAUUAAGUUGCCAAUUUUAUCAAUAUUCAGACAUGUGUACAGGGUUAUCUCUACACUACCUUUUUUUUUAAACAGUUCAGGUGAGAUGCUUUUUUGCAUGUGCAGGUUGUCAAAUAUCGAAACAACAAAAAAUUAGCUGUCAAUAAUAACUGUGAAAUGUUCUAACCAGGUGAUAUUAUGUGAAUAAAAGCUGUCGAUAUAAAACCUC